UGUGGGCCCCCUCUUCCCCAUUUCUAUAUAUAGUCGCUUCCUCAAAUCUCGCUUCUUCACAUCGAACUUCAUAUCGAUACCAAAUCAAAUAUCGUAAUCGUUUCCUUUUUUCUACAAUCCCAGAUUCAGUUUCUUCACCGACCGCCGUCUAUGGAGGCUCGCCGGAAAUCUCUUCACUCCUCAAAAACCUUCCACCAUGAACCUAGUACAAAAAAACCUUCCUGUGAUGCCGUUUCUCUCCCUUUGUGCGUAGCAAAUGCCGUCUUCUUCACCGUCUUCUUCACUGUCGUUUAUUAUUUAUUAUCUCAUUGGCGCGAGAAGAUCCGUACCUCCACGCCUCUUCAUCUCGUUACUCUCUCCGAGAUGAUCGCACUUGUCGCCUUCUUUGCUUCCUGUAUCUACUUGUUGGGAUUCUUCGGUAUCGGGUUUUUUCACUCGUUUGUUCUUAAAGAGGAUGAUGACAGCAACGACGUCGUUCUUAAACACAAUUCUGGAAAGUUAACUCCUUGCGCUCAAGCUCUUGAUUGCACUAUUGUCACUUCGCCGCCACCAGCUCUUGUUACUGACGGAGAUGACGAGGAUAUAAUUAAGUCAGUUGUGGACGGAAAGACGCCGUCUUAUGCUUUGGAAUCAAAAUUGGGGGAUUGCAAGAGAGCCGCUUCGAUUAGGCGUGAAGCGUUGGAGAGAAUCACCGGCAAGUCUUUGACGGGUUUGCCCUUAGAGGGGUUUGAUUAUGACUCCAUUUUUGGGCAGUGUUGUGAAUUGCCGGUUGGUUAUGUUCAGAUUCCAGUGGGAAUCGCCGGGCCUUUGUUGCUCGACGGAAACGAGUUUUCGGUUCCUAUGGCGACUACUGAAGGUUGCUUGGUGGCUAGCACUAACAGAGGCUGUAAAGCUAUUCAUUUGUCUGGUGGGGCAACUAGUGUUUUGUUGAAGGAUGGGAUGACUAGAGCUCCUGUUGUAAGGUUUGGUAGUGCUGAACAAGCUGCUGAGUUGAAGUUCUUCUUGGAGAAUCCAGCCAAUUUUGGAAAAUUGUCUGCAGUUUUUAACAAGUCUAGCAGAUUUGGCAGGCUUCAAAGUAUUAAAUGUGCAAUUGCUGGUAAAAAUCUCUACUUGAGAUUCACAUGCGGUACUGGUGAUGCUAUGGGGAUGAACAUGGUCUCUAAGGGUGUUCAAAAUGUUCUUGAAUUUCUCCAGGACAAGUUCCCUGACAUGGAUAUUAUUGGCAUUUCUGGUAACUUCUGUUCGGAUAAGAAGCCUGCAGCUGUGAACUGGAUAGAGGGACGGGGAAAGUCUGUAGUUUGUGAGGCUGUAAUUAAGUGUGACGUUGUGCAGAAGGUGUUGAAGACUAGUGUGGAAGCUUUGGUGGAGCUUAACAUGCUCAAGAACCUGACUGGUUCUGCUAUGGCUGGAGCUCUUGGUGGCUUCAAUGCCCAUGCCAGUAAUAUUGUUACUGCCAUUUACCUAGCCACUGGUCAAGAUCCCGCUCAAAACGUGGAGAGUUCUCACUGUAUCACCAUGAUGGAAUUGGUAAAUGAUGGCAAAGACCUUCAUGUCUCUGUCACAAUGCCUUCUAUUGAGGUCGGUACUGUUGGAGGUGGCACACAGCUUGCAUCUCAGUCAGCAUGCUUGAAUCUGCUUGGGGUGAAAGGUGCCAGCAAAGAGACACCGGGAGCAAAUGCAAGGCUGUUGGCUACCAUUGUAGCUGGUUCUGUUCUUGCAGGGGAGCUGUCUCUCAUGUCUGCUCUUGCAGCUGGACAGCUUGUUAAGAGCCACAUGAAGUAUAAUAGAUCAAACAAAGACAAUACUAAGGUUCCUUCAUAGGAAAAAUUAAAAUCUCAAGCAUGGAAAAUCCUCAGAAUCUGGUGUAGAAGGCAGAAUCUAUGAUAUACACAGAACUUCAAGUAGGCAGCAGCAUCAAGGAAAUUGUUUCUCUUUAUUUCAUGUGUUUUUUUUUUCCUUUGGUUUCAAUCAACGUUAGUACUUUCAAAUUCUGUUUGUGCAUGAUGAAAGCUUUCAAUCUGUUCAUUUCCUCUGUGAAAUGACUCGACGUCAUAAGUCAAAGCUAGUACUUGAAUCCAUUGUACCAUUUAUUUACUUAUCAAUGAAAACAACAUUCAGGGCAUGCUUUGCAA